AUGCCAAAGAAGCGAAGACGUAGAGAUCCAAGGCCGGGAGAGCUUAUUGCUGAAUCAGUACAACCACCAACUUCGAAUGCUGAGACAGCCCAAGUUAUUCAAGAUGUUCAAACUCCAAUUGUUGAAUCAGCACAGGUUCAUGAAGAUGUUCAAAGCCCAACCGUUGAGCCAGCCCAGGUUGAUGAAGAUGAUCAAAGUCCAACUUUUGUUGAAGACUUCUUUGUUAAUGAGGAAACUUUUGCCUCAGGAAGUUCUUCUGCUCCACCAUCUCCAGAGCACGAUGUUGCAUCUAUUAUGCUAGCCAAGCUUCUUGCUUUUCAAGACUCUAUUCCUCGGUCAAGAGGAAAGGGUAUACAUAUCGGCUCAGGACAAAGAGGUGAUGAAGACUCUCAACAAACCAUCUUUGAGCUCAGACAAGAGAUACUAAUUUUGAAGCAGGAAUCCAUUGAAAAGGAUUUGCUGAUUGGGAAGUUGGAUGUGAGAGUUUCGGAGCUUGAAAAGGAGAAUUCCUAA